AUGAAUGCAGCGACAAAAAUCACCACGCUGCUCAUCGUGACCUUAUCUCUUCUCUGCUCCGUGGAGAGUCUGAUCUGCAAUGUCUGCGAGAUCUCAAGAAAUUCAAAAUGUACUAAGGGCCGAAAGACAUGCUUUGCCUUCCAUGGUCAGUCAUGCUCUAGCAUAGCACACUACUCUGAAGGAAACCAUCUGUACUCACAACAGUUAUGUAUGCCUAACUGCCGUCGAAGAGGGAUCGAGGAAGAAGGGAAAAUGACUUAUGUAAUGUGCUGUUACAAAAACAUGUGUAAUAAUUUCUAG